AUGUUAACUCAAGAAGAAAUUCAUCGUUAUUUUAAUCAUUUAAGUGGAGCAAAACGUAUCGAAUUCUUAUAUGGUCUGCUACAUUUAUGUCAACCAUUAGAAUUACGUUAUUUAGGCACAUGUUUAGAAGAAAUAGCACGUAAAGAUUAUGAAUAUUUAUAUCAUGCCGAACAAAAAACAAAUCAUUUAUUAACACAAAAUGUUCCAUCAUCAUCAUCUACUUCAUCUGUAUUAAGUAAUAAUGAACAAAAUAAUCAACAAACAGAUAGUUUAUCUGAUGAAAAAUUAGAUUUAACUGAUCAAUUUACACGUGCACAUGCGAUUGUUGAUAUUGCUCUUCUCUGGGCAAAAAAUCGUCCAUGUGCUAUACGAUUAUUUCGUCGUUUAAAAGCAAGUGAAAGUGUUAAAUUAGUUGAUAUACUUCUUGAACGUGAUGAUUUGGAUGAUCGAACAAUGGAUGAAAUCUUAAUUAUAUUUUGUUUAGCUUCUAAUCAUCCAGCAUUUAGUUUUGAUAUGCGUACACAAAUGGCACAAAUAUUUAAAGAUUUAGAAAAAAGACAAAGAAAAAUGAAAUUAUUACAAACCGUACAUAAUAAUAAUAACAAUAAUAAUAAUGAAGAUGAUGAUACACUUGAUGAAUCAACAUGUUUAGGUCAUCAUGUAUUAUCAUCAUCAUCAUCAUCAAUGCAUAAUUCAAAUACAUUAAGUGUACAUGCAUCACCUCUGUUAACACGAUUAGGUGUUGUGAAUUUUGAUACAGAAUCAACGCCAAUGAGAGUAUUAAUUAAAGCAGAUUGGUCCGAUAAUAAUUCAACUCUUGCAUGGAAAACUCCAAAUGAUAUUCGAUCAUUUCAUUUACAAUUAUCGAAUAUUGUUUAUCAUGAUGAUGUACGACUAGAACGUUUAAUGAAUAUUUCAGGUUAUUUACGUGAUAUUGGUUCCUCAACUGAAUCAGAUAUUGAAUUAAUGAAAAAGAAUAUUGGCAUAUAUAUGGCACAUCUUGUCUAUUUUUCCUCUUACAUAUCAACAAUAUCAACAUUAGCUAAAUUUUUUAAUUCAUCAUUAAAACUUGUCGAUUCAAAACAACGUUUAUUUAAUUCUAAUAAUACUUUCGAUGAAUCAUUAUCAUCAUCACCAUCAUAUUCGAAUGGAAUGACACCACUUCAAUGUGAAUUACCUAUUCAACAACAAUCAGAUUCAGAUAAUAAAACUUUAUGUUCACCAAAAUUAUCAUUAAGUAUUAAUAAACCUAAACAACAAUUAGAUGUAGCAAAACAAGCUCGUUCAAUAGUUCCAACACAUAAUGGUACACAAACUGGAUUAGAAGUACGAUGUGAAGAAACUCAAACGGAUCGAAUGCCUGGACCAGGUUCUAUUCUUGCAGAACAUCAGGAUUAUUUACGAAGAUAUUCAAUGGAUGAAUUAGCAAAACUAACUGCAAAUGAUCUUAUUGUUGAUGGACUUGAUCCAAAUACGGCUCAAUUAUUAUGUGGUGCUUUAGAUGAUUUAAAACCUAUGAGUGUUCAUUUAAGUAACAGUAAUAAAACUAUUCGUUCACCAUGUACUUUUGUUCAAAUGCCAUCAUCAUCUUCAUCUGCAUCACCACCACCGCUACCACCUUUACUUGAUGCAGCAUUGAUGACUGUUGUACAACAACAACAGCAACAACAACAACAACGAUCUCGUACACCACCACCUGGCUUUGAUCGAAAUCAAUUUGAACAUAUUCUUAUUAAUUUUGCCGGUGUUCGAUCAUCUGUAUCAUCAAGUCCAAGUCCAAAAUUACCUAAAACAGGAACAGUGACAAAUGCAACUAAUAAUAGUGCCCCUCCUCCUCCUCCUCCACUACAACCACCACCUCCACCACCCCCUUCACUGCCACCACCACCACCAUCAUCAUCAUCGUCAUCAUCCAACUGUCCUCCUCAAAAUCAACAUCAUGUUCCACUAUUAGCUACACAUUCAUUUCUAUAUAAUCCAGGUGAUCCCUGUAUAUUUCCAAUCGCAAUUCCGCCUGGUUUUCCAUCAACAUCACCUGAUUUUAUGAGAUUAUUUGCUCCAAAUAUGGCAGCAGUAGCAGCUGCUGCAGCUAAUACAAAUAAUCCAUCUGGUGCUAGUUUUAUUACAAAUUCUAAUGGUACACAAGGACUUAUGUCUAAUUCACGUACAACAUCACAAUCAAAUGGUACUAAUACACCACCCGAACAAAAUGGACAAAAUCUUCAUCAUCCAUCAACAUCAUCAAAUGUUUCUCGUCAUCACCAAUCCCAUUAUCGUCAUAGACAACAUUACCAAUCAGAGUCACAUCAGUUUCAACAAAAUUCAUGUCAUCCUCAACAACGACAAUCACAAACAUCUUAUCUACAACAACAGCAACAGCAGCAACAACAACAACAACAACAACAACAGCAACAACAACAUAAUCGGCCAAAAGCAUGUUAUACUUGUGGAGAUCUUGGUCAUUUAGCAUUUGCCUGUCCAGAACAGUAUUUAUCCGAUUCAAACUAUGCUCAUAAUACAAGAGAAGGUUAUAAACUUGAUUAUCGACCACGACAAAGUACACCGACCAAUUUUCAUCAACAACAAAGGCAAAUGCGUUCAAAUUCUAAUUCAAAAGCUAAAAUUCGCGAUAACAGUUAA